UCCUCUCCCCAUUCAUUUUUGGUCAUCUUCCUCGCAGGUUUUUGUUUUUCGGAGGCGUUGUGGUUGUGGUUGCGGUUGCAGCAUAAACCCUAGCUCUUCCAAUCCAGCGCUUCCGGGCUUCUUGGAUUCUUUGGAGGGCGUUUUCUUCAUGAUGGAGGCCGUGGCUGCUAUGGCGGUCUCAUCUCUGGUCUUCAUUGCCCCUACGUCGUCGUCGUGUGGUUGCUCUGGGAUCCAAUACAGGGCUUUGAAUCUUGCGCACACUGCUCGGGGGCGGGGAUUAGAGUCGUCAUCGUCGCUGUAUUUUUUCGGAGGGAAGUUGCAGACGUGGAAAUUUGUUGAAAAUGCAGCUAAGUGGAGGAAUGCGGCGGGGUCGCUGCGGGUGCGCUGUGACGCGGGCGUGGCGCUGGUGGAGCAGCGAGUAGAGGAGGAACAGAAGCAGCGGUUGAGCUCCGAUUUUACCACGGUUAUGAAGUUUGGGGGUUCGUCUGUCGCCUCCGCACACCGAAUGAGAGAAGUGGCGCAACUGAUUUUGAGUUUUCCGGAUGAGAGGCCUGUCAUUGUGUUAUCUGCUAUGGGAAAGACGACAAACAACCUUCUGAAGGCAGGAGAAAAAGCCGUGUCAUGUGGUGUCGAGGAGUCCGGCAAUAUUGAGGAGCUCCAAGUUAUCAGAGACCUGCAUAAGACGACAGCACGUGAACUCAAAGUGGAUGAAUCUUUGGUCACAGAGCUUUUUGAAGAGUUGGAACAGCUGGUAAUGGGGAUUGCUCUUAUGAAGGAGCUGACGCUGCGCACCAAGGAUUACCUGGUUUCCUUUGGAGAGCGCCUCUCAACCCGGCUAUUCACGGCCUAUUUGAAUAGCAUCGGGACAUACGCUCGACAGUAUGACGCUUUUGACCUCGGAAUCAUUACAACCGAUGAGUUCACGAAUGCUGAAAUCCUGGAGGUCACAUACCCGACAGUAAGAGAGAGGCUUCUUAAAGAUCUUAAAGCCGACGCUGAUAGGGGUACACCCAUAUGCGUUGUGACAGGCUUCCUUGGUAAGGGGGUUGAGACUGGUUGUGUAACAACCUUAGGACGAGGAGGGAGCGACUUGACGGCCACAGCCCUCGGUAAAGCGCUAGGUCUCCGGGAAAUUCAGGUGUGGAAAGACGUUGAUGGUGUCCUGACAUGUGAUCCCCGUGUAUACUCCAAUGCAUUACCAGUUCCAUUCCUGACCUUUGAUGAGGCAUCUGAGCUGGCUUAUUUCGGAGCCCAGGUUUUACAUCCUCAGUCAAUGAGACCAGCCCGCGAUGCAAACAUACCUGUUCGUGUCAAGAAUUCUUAUAACCCACAGGCACCUGGUACUCUCAUAACAGGGGAACGCGACAUGAGUGAGGCAGAGAUGACAAGCAUAGUGCUGAAAAAGGACGUGACAAUGUUGGAUAUUCAAAGCACACGUAUGCUUGGCCAAGUUGGAUUUCUUGCAAAGGUGUUCACUACGUUUGAACAUUUAGGCAUUUCAGUAGAUGUGGUGGCUACCAGCGAAGUUAGCAUAUCAUUGACGUUGGACCCUUCAAAACUUUGGGAGCGUGAACUCAUUGAACAGCAGGAAUUGGACAAAAUGAAGUCAGAAUUGUCAAAAAUCGCCAACGUACAACUUUUAAAGAAGAAGUCUAUAAUUUCUCUCAUUAGCAAUGUGAAGCAGUCAUCAGCUGUUCUUGAAAAAGUCUUUAGGGUCUUCAAGAAGAACGACAUCAACGUACAAAUGAUCUCACAAGGUGCUUCCAAGGUAAACAUAUCAAUGGUGGUGGAUGAUGAUGAUGCUCCCAAGUGUGUGCAAGAGCUGCACAAAGUAUUUUGGCCUGAUGCUGACGAGGCGACGGAAAGAAAUGGUCAUGUCUAAGAACAAGACGUUCCGUUAGUUUUUAACAUCCCUGACUUGGGAAGUCGAUACUUUUAAGUCCUCCUCAGAGACAUUUUUGUAGAUGUUAAUCAAUCCAUGGUUACGCAUUGUUUAAGUUCUGGCUGUAGAGAGGGCUUCCUGUAUUCAGUUCAGGCAGGCUCUGAUUAUUAGCAAACCAUUCAAGUGCUGAUGUAAUGCUGCAAAGGCGCACUAUUCUCUUUAAAUUGCUGCAGUCAAUAUUGCAGCCGCAGUGAUUAUUGUAUGCCACACUGGUUCAGUCAACCAGUGGAUUAGUUUAUUCCAUCUAAGUGGUUGCGUAAGGUAUUACGCCAGUUUUCAAGUGGCGAACAGGAAGCUGCACGCCCUUACUCUGAUGAAAGUAGCCCAGAGUCGUUGAGGUGUCUUUGGCUCAUGGUGCUUCCAUCUU